GUAUUCAGAUAUAGCAACACCCAUACGAGAUCCAUAAUUUAUUAUCCUUCAUAUGGCACCUAAAGGAAACCAUGGAUGCCAAGAUCGGAAAGUUCUUUGAGUCUAUAGGCACUUUCUUCAUAGCCGGUGAUCAGAUUCCUUUAUGUGACUCUGAUGUUGUCAUUGGUUGUGAGCAUGAGGUUGCUGAAGCUGAGAAAAGUUCUUCAGAUGAAAUGAAGAAAGAGUGUCGCAUGCGGUUGUCAUGGGCUCUUGUCCAUUCAAAGCGACCGGAAGAUGUACAACGUGGGAUUGCAAUGCUUGAAGCUUCACUGGCCGGAACCAACAACCCAUUGCAAAUGAGAGAAAAGUUGUAUCUACUUGCUGUUGGAUAUUAUAGAAAUGGUGACUACUCGAGGAGCCGACAACUUGUUGAUCGCUGCUUGGAGGCUGAACCCGACUGUAGGCAGGCAUUGACUUUGAAGAAAUCAAUUGAAGAUCAUAUUAGAAAAGAUGGUGUAAUUGGCAUAGGCAUUGCUGCCACUACUAUUGGGGUUCUGGUAGGCGGACUUGCAGCGAUAGCUCGCAGGUAGUGGCUAGCAUGGGCUCGUAACGAAUUGAAUGUUUGGUCUGCUAUAUGUAGUUAAUGAACCGAAAAUGUGAAUAAAUUGCUACUAUUAAUGGAUGUUGUUGGUCCCAAACAGAUCUACAAGAGUUUAAAGGUAAUAGUUUGUAGAGGGAGAUAAAUAUAAACACAAUUUUCACUUU